AUGGAGAGAGAUACUGAAAGAACACCUCACCCUCUUGGAGAUGAGACAAAGCAGCAGGGAGAGAAAGAGGCAGCCGGAAGGAAGGAAGUCCCCGAGAGAUCAAACCGGUUGAAGCUGACAGUCCUGUCGGAAGACAGACUGCAGAUGAAAUGGAAAGAGACGGAAGGAAACACCAAUGGGUACAAAGUCCGUGUGAAGCCUAUGGCAGGAGAUUCGGAACAGGAGGUCAUGCUCAAAACCAAGACAGCUAAAGCAACAGUGGGGGGGCUGAGCCCCACAAAAGAGUACACUCUGCAGAUCUACAUCCUUAACGGUUCCCAAGAGGCUCUCUUUGUCAAGAGGCGGUUUGUGAUUGAAGAACUAAAAAACUUCUCCCAAGCGAGAAGUAACAGAAGGAACCCGACAAGCGCCCCGGAAAAGGCAGAGACGUUCCUGGAGACCACAGCUGCUGAAUAUAUCCUGGAGACUGAAGCCACAUUGCCACCUACCAGCGAAAUUCUGAUAAGAAAGGAUGAGCCAGACAAGAAAAGGCAAAAAGCAGCCAUGCCCAGAAGCAGGAUUGAAAACGCCUCCAGUGCAGAGCCAGCGGUGACCCUGGCACCCGCAACUACAACGAGGAUAACACCUCUCCCAAGUCAGAUGGAUUUUGAAAUAGACUAUCUGCCCCAAGAGAAGACGACCCGGGAAAGCUUAAGGAGAGUUUCUAACUUUCAGUGUCACUCGUCUGCAAGGACUGAUAUCAUCUUUCUGGUGGAUGGCUCCUGGAGUAUUGGCCGUAACAAUUUCAGGCUCAUCAGAGAAUUCCUGGCUGCUUUGGUUGCGCCGUUCAACAUUGCUCAGGACAAGAUCAGAGUCGGCUUAUCCCAAUACAGCAGUGAUCCACGUACAGAAUGGGACCUGAAUACAUACAGCACCCGGGAUGAGGUGUUAGGGGCGCUGAGGAGCUUGCAUUACAAAGGAGGAAACACUUUCACAGGUCUUGCACUGACCCACGUCCUGGAACAGAACCUGAAAGCAGAAGCAGGCGCUCGGUCAGAGGCUGCCCAACUGAUCAUCCUCUUGACUGACGGCAAAUCACAGGAUGACGCCAGCCCAUCUGCUCAGACAUUGAAGAACAUGGGAAUUGAGAUCUUUGCGGUUGGAGUGAAAAACGCCGACGAGGCAGAAUUGCGCCAAGUGGCCUCCGAUCCUUUGGAGCUGACGGUGUACAACGUCCUGGACUUCCCCCUGCUCAGCUCUCUGGUUGGCCGGCUUACGCGAGUCUUGUGCGCUCGGAUCAAAGAGAAGAACAAGGAGGAGAAUACAGGUGAUCCAAUAGAAACUGCUCCCGUGAACAGUGGUGCCCAUUUGAGCCCAAGCAACCUGGUUGUAAAAGAGGUGACUUCCAGAAGCAUGCACCUCAUCUGGAAGCCUCCUGUGAUACCACCCAAGAAGUAUAGGGUGGUCUACUACCCAUCCAGGGGUGGGAUCCCCAAAGAGGUAGUUUUAGAUGGUUCUGCCUCCGCUGUCCAGCUCUUCAAUCUGACAUCCCACACCGAAUACCUGGUGUCGGUAUUCCCCAUUUAUGAAAACGCAGUUGGAGAUGGGCUCCGAGGUAUCACCUCAACAUUACCUCUGUCUGCUCCUCGUUCCCUUCGAGCAGCUGAAAUCAGCCACAACAGUAUAAGACUGACCUGGCAGCCAGCAGAUGGCGCUACUCAGUAUCUCGUCCUUUGUUCCUCAACACCCAACGGAGCAAACGAUGAUACUAAAGAGGUGAAAGUAGUGGAGCCUGAAGUUCUGCUCCGGGGUUUGUCCCCCAGCACUGAAUACUCUCUAGCUGUGUACGCAAUGUAUGGAGAAGAUGCUAGUGACCCCGCAAGUAUUCAGGAAACUACCUUGGCCCUGAGCCCCCCACUACGCCUGAGUUUCUCAGAUAUCAGCCAUGGCUCAGUCAGGGUCAACUGGGAGGCGACUUUGCGUGCUGUGAAAACUCACCGUGUGACAUAUAUCUCCAGCAGGGGAAGCAACACUGGAGAGGUAGAGGUUCCUGGCAAUGUUUCAUCUGCUGUGCUGAAGCCCCUGUCGUCACUGACAAAAUAUUUUGUCAGCGUGACUUCCAUUUAUGAUGAAGGCGAAUCCUUCCCUGUAACGGGCAACGUUACUACGUUAAAGGUACCGCCGCCGAGCCAUUUGAAGGUCACUGAGCUCUCAGGAAGUGAGAUCCGGUUGGAAUGGGAAGCGAUCGCAGCAUCCGACGUGAUUGUCUACCAGAUCAAAUGGAAUGUGCUCGGUGAAGGGAGGUCACAGGAGCUCUCUGUUGCUGGAAACUUGGCAGCCGCUGUUUUGUCUGGUCUGAAAAAGAACACUGAAUACCAAAUAUCGAUUUGGGCGUAUUACAAAGACGGGGCUCGGAGUGAUACCGUCUCGGUUCGACACAGGAUCACCACCAAGAAUCCACCCGCAAACCUCUUUGUGGAUUCGGAAAGCACCAACAGCCUGCAAGUCCACUGGAGCCCUCCAGAAGGCGCUGUGCAGCACUACAGACUCACCUUCACGCCAGAAACAGGCAACAAGCACCAGGAGAUGAUAAUGCUUUCAGGUAAAAGCCGGACGGUCACACUUCAUUCACUCCUCCCUGGUACAGUAUACACGGUGACAGUUUCUGCAGUCUAUGCCACAGGAGAGAGUGACCCCAUAUCUACCACUGGCCAGACAGCCUCUGCUUUGGCCAGAUUGCCCACCUCAAGAGGAUCUGUCCCCUUCAAAAGUGAUGACUGCCCUGCUCUCGACUCCACGGAAGGCUCUUUACAAGGGUUUGACCUGAUGGAGGCUUUUGGACUCAAGGAAAAAGAGUACGCCUCCAUUAAAGGAGUUGCGAUGGAGCCAUACAUCUUCCUCGGAACUCACACUUACACCCUCUACAGAGAUAUCCAACUGACACGCCAAACAAGUGAAGUUUUUACUUCUGGAAUCCCAAACGAAUACACCAUCGCCUUCCUGCUCCGACUUCUGCCAGAGAGCCCCAGGGAAGCCUUUGCUGUGUGGCAGGUAACAGACGAAGACUUCCAGCCGCUUCUUGGCAUCGUGCUUGACCCCAAUAAGAAAUCCCUGACCUAUUUCAGCCGUGACUAUGAUGCUGAUGUCGAAGAAGUCACCUUUGACCAACAGGAUGUGAAGAAGAUUUUCUACGGGAGCUUCCACAAGGUGCACGUAGCAGUGAGCCGUUCCAGGGUCAAACUCUAUAUCGACUGCAAGAAAAUAGCCGAGAAGCCACUUGGAGCUUCAGAGAAAGUCUCAACCGCUGGCUUCGUCAUGCUGGGGAAGCUGACAAGGACACGAGGACCGCGGAGUGGUUCAGCAGCAUUUCAGCUGCAGUCGUUGCGGAUUGUGUGUAGCAGUUUGUGGGCUGAAGAAGACAGAUGUUGUGAGGUCCCAGCACUGAGAGAUGAAGAGGUCUGUCCCAGCUUCCAUCCUUCUUGUACCUGUACAUCAGGGAUUCCAGGCAUCCCAGGACCUCCAGGGCCUCCGGGCAUUCCUGGGAGGAGAGGACCACAGGGGGAACAGGGAGAGCCGGGCCCCAAGGGAGCUCCAGGCCCACCUGGGCAGGUUGGACCAGAAGGUCCGGGAGGACAGCAAGGUGCACCAGGUUCUGAAGGGCUGGCCGUGGAGGGACCCAUCGGACCACCAGGGAUAAAAGGAGACAAAGGAGACAAUGGGAGUCCAGGAAUGCAGGGUAUUAUGGGUCCUCAGGGAGCUCCAGGGAAAGAUGGAAUUCAAGGAGCCAAGGGUGUUCGAGGUCUAGAAGGCACAGCUGGGCCGCCGGGGCCACCAGGACCAAGGGGUUUCCAAGGAACAGCAGGUGCGAGAGGCAGCACUGGGGAGAGAGGCCCCCCAGGAGAAGUCGGACCGACGGGGCUGCCUGGUCCUAAAGGAGAAAGGGGAGAGAAAGGUGAACCACAGUCCAUAGCUACCAUCUAUCACCUGGUCAACCAGGCCUGUGAGCGUCUGAUUCAGUCUCAUGUUUUGAAGUUUGACGCCUUCAUCCAUGAACACACGAGGAAGCCAGUUCCCAUCUGGGAAGACAAACUGAAGGCAGGAGAGCCCGGGCCGCCUGGUCUUCCUGGACCCCCCGGCAUGAAAGGAGAAAGAGGAGAAGUGGGGAUGCCCGGGCAGCCGGGCAGAGAUGGCUAUCCAGGAGAACGAGGUUUCCCAGGACCCAAAGGGGAGAAAGGUUCUUCCGGACCCUCCGAGGAAGGCUCAGAAGGACCAAGAGGCCGAGCAGGCCCAGCAGGGGAAACUCCACUUGGCAAGCAGGGACCCAAAGGAGCUCUUGGCAGCACCGGCGCCCCUGGGUUUCCCGGAGCUAGAGGCCAGCCUGGAGAUCCUGGCCCUGCCGGCAGGUGCAUCACUUCCGAUUGCUAUGAAGAAAGCUCAAGAGAUGCCGAAUUGAUCCCCUGAUGGGCUGGGGACAGGCUGGGACAACUCUUUCCAACCCUCCUGCUGGAAACGUCCAUUUACAUAAAGGACCUCUGCAACUCGGAGAUCGAUGUUUUCCCCCCUAAUGGGACCAUUUUUGUCCACUUGUUUUGCUAAGUAAAAUCGUCCAGCCAUCUACAACAAUACCCAAAUGUGCAUCUUUGCCUGGGUUUUGCCACCCUGAGUUCUUCAUCUCUCACGCUCUGCAAGGGGGGACUGAAACAAUACCUUUAGGAGGUCAGAUCUCUAAUAUUGCCACGAAUCAUUUGGUGCAAACCAAACUUACUCAGUUCUGUGGAUGUUGACUUCUGUACAAUGUAAGUUCUCAUUACACGUUCAAUGAUACACAUAGAUCCAUGGGCAAUCAUGCUGGUUAAUGGCUUUGCAGUGAAGAGGCUUCGCCAGUUCAUAUGUUGAUCAUCAGUAAUUAAAGGAAUUUUCAGCAAGUGGCAGAGAAGUCAAUUGCUAAGGACGAGGGGGUUGCAUUAA